CGGGUGUUUAAAUCUGAAAAGUUUUCAUUAAACCCUGAAAUAAUUUAAAUUUUACCGAUUAUGGUUUUCACGUUUCAACAAAUAUUCCAACAAUUCACUGACAAUCCGGUAUUGAACAUAAAUUUGAAAAUCAAGUAAUAUGUUUGCUUGGUUAUUAAGACCGAAUGUCAAAAUAAAGGAAGCCGACAACAACAUUAGCUUUUAGCGACCGGAAAAGUUUACGUUUAUAGAUUUUUAAUUUUUGUUUUGUAAAUUUUUCUGAAUAAAAAUGCCUAAAAUUGUGGAAUUACGUGCUGACCGUAGUCUCAUUAGAAACAAUUUCGACGGUUACAAACUAUCCUUAGAUCCUGUGCCUGUGAUACGUCAAGAAUUGUCAUCUGCACCAUAUAAAGCUGAGCCAAAUGAGGAUCAGUAUUCGUUGUUGCAUGCAGAACAUUUUACAUUACAAAAUUUACUGCAAGUUGAUCCGUGGGCUCGUACAAGCUCAUAUUAUAUUACCAGAUUGGGGGAAGUAAUGCGGACAUCUUACAAUGAAACAACUGGACGCGCUGAACCCAUAAAAGUUGUUUAUCGCCUGAGUAGAACUACGCCACAUGUCAAAGGAGACUACAAUUACACCAUGCGUUUUAUAUCUGAAAAGUAUUGUAUUAUAUGUGAUGGCAUUCAAAAUAUUUUUUUGCUAGACACAAGCGAUCGUCUUAAAGCCGCUGAAUGGAAGUUGAUUGCAGAAACUUGCUUAAGCAAUUUAGUAACUAAUGUUCGGAACUUUGCGUUAUACGAUUGUCGCCUCGAUAUUGUUCGAGAGAAAAAACAAAUUAGUAUGGCGAUAGGAAGAAUUGAAAGAAUCGAGAAUCAAUCGUCGGGAGGUUCCAGCCAUUUUAUGCACUUGUAUUGGGCUAAAUGGGAGCAAAACGGAAAUUGGGUGUUUUCAAUAAUUGACACACUUGAAGGCAGAGGUUCCUUAUAUUAUUGCGCAUUUGAACCUCGCGCGGAUUCUCUUAUCAUAUGCUCAAAUCAUGAAUAUAAAUUUCGUUCGAAAAGUGCGAUUGAAAAGUCUGAAUCGAAGACGGAAAAAUCAGCACUUCAUGAUGAGAACUACGAAAUUGGAGGAUUCUCAUGGGUUCAAACGGAUGACGAUAUCACUAUGAAAUUUGAUGUUAGGGAAGGGAAGAAAAAAUCUGACUACAAUGUAAAAUAUGUUGGAGAUAAGCUCACAGUUAAAUGCUCUGAGGAUAUGUUAAUAGAUAAUGAACUUUUCGAUAAAAUUGAUAACGACUUAACCACUUGGACCGUUGAAAAUAAUUACCUGCAAAUAACACUUGUCAAACAAAUUUCAUUGUUGAGAUGGCCAUCUCUGCUCUCCAAUGGCAUUGGUCCUAAAGAAAGUAUCGAUGAUAACAGACCAUCAGAUGUACCUCUGGACCAAAAGCCUAUUGCUAACUUGGAAGCACCAAUUGAGGAUUGCGACUUUCCUAUGGGUACAAUAGAUGAAGAAGUUCAAAUUGGGCGUUAUAAUAUGGUAACGAAGUCAAUUACCCAUGCUGUGGUACUUGGGUCGUCUCCACCGAUUUUUUCUACAAAUUUGAGGCCAGGUUUUCCAAAUGCAAUAGCAAUACGUCAAGAUAUAGAUGCAGGACUAUGGUUGCAGCAGUACAAUCCUUCGAAACCCGACGAUUGGUCCUUGCGACAUGAAGGCAACUUACAUGCCUUUGGAUAUGUACAAGCUUCCAAGCAACAACGAAAGUUCGUUGAAUGCUCGCCGGAUUUAAAUUAUGCACUUAUUUGUGAAUCCCAUCGCCACAUUUUUAUAUAUAAAUCGAACUACGAUGGCGCGAAUGGAUUACGAAAUCGCAAUGGUCCGCAGGUUAAAAUAGGGAAACAACAUCUGAUAACCCUUGAAGAUGUAGGAGAAGUUUUAGGUUUAACUACAGCUGAGCAUUUGGUAACGAUAUUAACGGAGCGUUAUAUAUUAUAUUUACAAUUAAGUUAAUUGGAAUACUGCAAAAUGUAUUAUGUUAAUAAUUUAAAGGAGGAUAAUAAAUAAAGGAUUUUCAGCGACAAAUGAA